AUGGAAUCAUCUUCAUCAUCAUCGGAUGAUUGGUCGAAGGAUUGUAGCACAAUUUUUCUCACAACAAUUGUAGGAGCAGCAAGCCUCAUUUUGGCUGCUGAAGCUGAAAUUUCACUUUCAAGAACAGGAAGAGCGGCUUUAAACAGAGAUCGUGAAGCUGCACACGAUAGUCUAAAUACUGUAAGAUCUUCACCAAAGAGACCAGUUGAGAAUGAUGCUAAUGGGAUGAAUCUAGAGUCAAACACUAGAUCCACAUCUGGAGCCAAAAGUCAAACCAUUGGAGCCAAAAGGCAAAGGAAAACAAACGAAGGGUCAAAAGAUACGGGUUUGCAAAUAAAUGGUCAUCCUCAGACAAAUGUCUUGGCUUCUGAAAAUUUAGCUACAGUCAAUUCUAAAUUGGAGACUGAGAUUGAAAAAUCUCUUUCUAGUGAGCAGCAGGAUGCAUUGAAUUCAAAAAAACGUCCUUGUGCCUUUUGUCAUUCUUCUAGUCAGACAGAGGGAAGUGGACCAUUUGUGUCUUUUGCCCAAGGGAAGGAAGUAGUGGGGUCAUUGGCUAACUUCUCUAAGGUUACACAUGUUCACAGAAAUUGUAUUCAGUGGGCUCCUCGGAUUUACUAUAAGGAUGGAAUUAUUCAGAAUUUAGAAUCAGAAGUGUCAAGGGCUAACAAGCUUAAAUGCAGCAGCUGUGGUAAAAAGGGAGCUGGUCUUGGCUGCUAUAUGGAGACAUGCCAAAGAAGUUAUCAUGUGCCUUGUGCAUAUUACAUUCCUGAGUGCAGAUGGGAUGACACCUAUUUAAUGUUGUGUCCAAAGCAUAGAAAAAUGAAAUUUCCAAGCGAAAUGGAGGCAGAUGAUGGGAAGCAAGACAUUGAGAAAAGAACAUCUACACAUCUGAAUCCCUGCACAACACCGUUGGAUGAUGGACAAAAUUUGGUGUUUUGUGGUUCGGAUCUUUCUACAGAAGAAAAGUGUUUGCUGGUUGAUUUUGCAAGCAAUAAUCAGGGAGUAGUGUUCAGAUACUGGAAACCUAAUGUUACCCAUGUCAUUGCUGCCACAGAUUCAAAUGGUGCAUGCACAAGGACAUAUAAAGUUCUGAUGGCCAUUUUGAAUGGAGUAUGGAUUGUUACUGUAGAAUGGGUAAAAGCUUGUAUGGAAGCUGGGUGUCUUGUGAAUGAAGAACCAUAUGAGGUUCAUCUAGAUACCCAUGGCUGUACUGGUGGUCCCAAAGCUGGGAGGCUAAGAGUUCUAAAUAAUGGUCCAAAACUUUUCAACAAUUUGGAAUUUUACUUUGUUGGGGAUUAUGUAGAAGCUCACAAGACUGAUCUCAAGGAGUUGGUUACAACUGCUGGAGGCACAAUUAUCGAGGCCAGGGAUCAAUUACUGUCAUCAAGUAGUGAUGCAGAUGCAGAUGCAGAUGAAGAUGUGAAACAGGUAUCUUUGGUUGUUUACAAUGCUGACCUUUCAGAUCACUCUGAGUUUGACGAUGAAGAUUCUAUAAGAUUCCAAAGAUUAGCUACAGCUGAGGACAUUGCUCAAGAAUCUCGGUCUCAGAUUAUCCAACAUAUUUGGAUUUUGGAAUCAGUUGCUGCAUGCCGUUUACUGCCUUUUACAUCAGGGGUCCAGUAAUGUCUUAUUAUAACCUCCAUCUUGUGUACCUGUUGUGUUAUGUGGCAGGUGUUUUUUGUCCCUCUAGUAAUGUGUAGCAUAGAUACUCUUAGAACACUAAGAAAACUACUACAUGGGUUUUGGUUGAUUUCUUGUGUUGUGGUUAUGCUUGUACCUCUUAACCCGUCAUUCAGUUGUACAGAUUGAAGCUAUAGUGGAAUAGAAUGAAAAGGGCAGUGGAUCAUGCUAUUAUUUUUCUAGCAAAUAAUAGCAUGUGUUUUUCUGUUUCGGAUAACAUUCACAAAAAUAGCCAGAUUAAUUUGUAGUGAAAUCUUCGGAAAAGUCUCAAUAUUUUACCUUAAUCUACGAAAAAGUCUCUAACUAAAAUUUGUUUACGAAAAAGUCUCAAUUACCGGUAAAAGUGACGAUUUGAUCCGUUUUUUUUUCUUCAGUUUACUGUUUUCAUUAAUUACCUGGUUUUAUUAAAGUCUCAUCAUUUUACCAUAAUUUACGAAUAAGUUCCAAAUUAUGGGAAAAUAAUAGGAUUUUAAUGAAAUUAUGGUAAAGUAAUGUGACUUUAAUGAAACCGGGUGAGUACUGAAACCGAUACACCAGAAAAAAAAGGGGGUCAAAUCGUAAUUUUUACCGGUAAUUAAGAUUUUUUCGUAAACAAAUUUUAUUUUGAGACUUCUUCAUAAAUUAGUAUGAAAUAUUAAGAUUUUUUUGGAAGUUUUCCUAAUUUGUAAAAGCAUUUUGAUCUAAUGCAUAGUUUUUGGUUUUGGUGCAUAAAUAUUUUAUA